CCCAAAAACACCAACAAAUUCUUAAAUCUUAAUGGGUUUAAAUUUCAGGAAUAAGACAAUAAUUUAACUUUAGUUAAUUCCCUCACGUAAAAUUGUUGAAGAUAUACUAAUGUUGACGAAGACCGAAGUUUCAGAAGAACGGAAAAAAAAGAAAAAAAACCCAACUUGGUGGACGAUCCGAAGAUUGCAGGGUUCUGAGAAGCUUCGAAUCUUCAACUGAAUGCUUGUUUUGCGCCUUUUGGAUUUCCAUUAAGCAUUGGGAAUCUCUCUAUUUCUCUCUUGCCUUUGCCAGUUUGCCUCAAGAAAACAAACCAGCACGACUCUUCCAACCAAAAAACGAAAAAUCCUACCUUUAUAUUAUCUAUUUAUCGGCUAAUCCCAAGCAUUCACUUAUUUCUUCAAUAAAUGAAAUGAAACUCUAUUUUUUCCGUUUUUUCUGCUUGUUGUUACUGUUAAUUUUGGGGGUUUUCAGCUCAUUCGGCGAUGGAUUGAACUCUGGGAGUACGGAGAUAGUGCAUUCGAGUUCUCGAUGGGUUGAUUUCAAUGCUCCAACUCGAGCUGGAGCUCGGUCUCUAAAAUCAUUCUCACACGUUGAAGAUUCAACAGAAUUAGUUGCUCUCCUAAACGGUACAAUUUAUUUUGAGGAUACUAUCUCUGGGAGAGUGCUUUGGUCAUUUUCAUCUGGAGCACCAAUACACUCAUCAUAUCAAACUCCAUUUAAUGAAGAUAGUGAUAAUGAAAAUGCAUCUGGACCAAGUACUGGAUUCUUUGUAGAUUAUGGAGAUGACUGGCAACUGUAUGCACAUGCAAAACACACUAGUGGGGUGAGACUUCCAAUUAAUAUUGAAGACUUCAUCCAAAUUACCCCACACAUAUCAGAGGAUGGAACAGUUAUACUUGGAUCUAAGACAACUGCAGUGUUUGUGGUUGAGGCCAAAACUGGAAAACUUAUCCGCACUUAUAAGUCUCUUGCUUCUCCAUCCAUAUUGCAAAGGAAUGAUCAAGGGAGUGCUAUGUAUGAUGACAACAAAAAUAAUGAGAAUUUAGUAACGCCUGGUUCUGCUGCUCAAGUCGUAUACAUCACAAGGACAGAUUAUGCAUUGCAAACUUUUGGUCCAAAUUCAGACACAGUUUCUUGGAAUAUGAAUGCAGCCAUGAUUGAGGCUUCUUUUCUUUGUAAAGAUACAGCAGCUGUACUGAACUCUGCCAAUAAACUUGGUUCUGAAAUUGGAAGUGAUUUUGAUUUGCCUUUCUCAUGUCAGUCUAGAAGAAUGGCGGUUAGAAGGCAGGGUAAGCCACAGUUGUCUUCUCGGGCUUCUCAUGGUGAUGAGAAGCUUCCAUUGCCAGCUCCAAAUGUAAUGCUUCCUUCACAGCCUGGUGUUGACAAGUCAGUGGAGGAUUAUCAAGAAAGAAGGAUACUUUCGGGGUCUGCUCCAAAUUCGAUGCUCCCCUUGGAAUCUAAAGUCAGAAAACUGUCAAGUUUUCAGCCCAAUGGUGAUAGUGAAAGAAUGCUUGCUGUGCCUUAUGAUUCUGGAGCAGUUGAUGUGCGUGAUACAAGAUUCCAUUAUGAAGAAUUGAUAAGCAUCAUCAUUAAACUGUCAAGAAAACUAUCAUUCAUUUUUUUUAUAGCCAUCAUUUUGUUGUGCUUUAUCUUCUAUCCCCACAAUCUAGUGGAUAAAGAAAAGGUUGUUGCAGAAGGGCUGUCAACUAGUAGUAGUUUAAAAGCUUCAUCUACCAAAAAGAAGAAAAACAGGAAGUCAGGAAAAAAAGAUGGCUAUGUUGAGGCAAAGGAUUCAGAUGUGUCAUGUGAAAAUGGGGAUGGAUCUGAACUUGGUGAUGGCAAUGACAAAACAGUGUUGGACCUUAAUAAACUUGUUGAUGGUGGUGUUGAUGGACGUAGAAUUGGUAAAUUAUUUGCAUCAAAUUCAGAAAUUGCUAAGGGAAGCAAUGGUACCAUUGUCCUUGAAGGUAUAUAUGAAGGUCGAUCUGUUGCAGUGAAACGUUUGGUUCAAGCUCAUCAUGAUGUGGCUUUCAAAGAAAUUCAGAAUCUUAUUGCAUCAGACAGGCAUCCAAAUAUCGUUCGAUGGUAUGGGGUGGAGUAUGAUAAAGAUUUUGUCUACCUUGCUUUGGAGCGUUGUACAUGCAGUUUAGAUGAUUUGGUUCAGAUACACUGUGAUUCCUCAUUAAACCGAAUCUUCAGUGAGAACCAAGCUACUACAGCUGCAAUUGAGUAUAAACAUCGGUUGGAUAAAGUGAAAGUUACAGUACAAGACUUUAAUUUGUGGAAGUCAAACGGUUAUCCAUCAUCUCUUCUAUUAGCAUUGAUGAGGGAUGUGGUUUCUGGGGUUGUACAUUUGCACGAACUGGGUAUAAUUCAUCGAGACUUGAAGCCGCAAAAUGUAUUAAUACUCAAGGAAAGAUCUUUAUGUGCAAAGCUUUCUGAUAUGGGAAUUAGCAAGCGCCUCCUUGGGGACAUGUCUUCAUUGGGUUAUCAUGCAACCGGUUGUGGCAGUUCUGGUUGGCAAGCACCAGAGCAGCUUCUUAAUGGACGCCAAACACGUGGAGUUGAUUUGUUUAGUUUAGGUUGUGUCCUCUUUUUCUGCAUUACUGGUGGCAGACAUCCCUUUGGUGAUCGUCUUGAACGUGAUAUCAAUAUUGUCAAGAACAAAAAGGAUCUAUCUUUAGUAGAAUAUAUUCCUGAAGCUGAGGAUCUUAUUUCCCGACUAUUAAACCCUGACCCUGAAUUGAGGCCAAAGGCAUUGGAAGUGUUGCACCACCCAAUGUUUUGGAGUUCUGAGAAGAGAUUGUCAUUCCUUCGUGAUGUUAGUGACCGCGUAGAAUUGGAAGACAGGGAAUAUGUUUCUGAUCUCUUGAAAGCAUUAGAGAGUACCGCACCAACUGCACUUGGUGGAAAAUGGGAUGAAAAGAUGGAACCUGCCUUUAUCACUAACAUUGGUCAUUACAGGCGUUACAAGUUCAACAGUGUCCGGGACUUGCUGCGCGUCUUGCGAAACAAGUUGAAUCAUUAUAGAGAACUUCCCAAGGAAAUUCAGGAGCUUGUUGGACCAGUUCCAGAAGGAUAUGAUGGCUAUUUUGCUAGUCGAUUUCCAAAGCUGUUGAUGGAAGUGUACAGAGUUGUGUACAGAUUCUGCGGGGAAGAAGAUUGCUUUCAGAAGUACUUUACAAGCAGUGUUUGAAAUCUUUUAGCCCCUUCUGACUCCUGUGAUUGUGAUGGAUGACAUUGGGGCUAUGUAUAUAUAAUUGUAAAUACAGCAAUAAUCUUAGUGUAUAUUUCUCUGUUUAUUAAUUAAUAUAAUUAUUCUCUUUUACUUGUUA